UAAACCCUCCUUCUCCCUCGCGUCAAGCAUCAGCCGCAUAGCAGCAUCCCAUUCGAUUUCGCGCUCUUUCUCCGGCUACUCUCUGCGACGGUGUGCACGGAAACCACGAACCCAAGACACGCAACAGUGCAAGACUCACGAACAGUGCCGUUGUUUCCUCUUCGGCGAUUCGCGAUGCUGACCGGGGCGAUUCUUUCUGCGGUGGCUAUUUUUCCGUCUUACUGUACCACGAUGCAUUUCUAAACUGUGAGCGAAAAUGUGUGUUCUUGCACGGCCUCAAUGCCCACAGAUCUGAUCGACAGCGCGAGGACUCUCCACUGCGGCACGAGUUCGAUUUCAUAAGCGGCACCCAAGCAUUUUUGAAAUUACCCACACCACGUUCGGCCGCAAAUUAGAGUACCCACGAUCCGUGAGGCUUAGAUUUUUGAAAUCGAAUGAAUUGCAAAUUUGAGCCCUUUUUUGGCUAGGUUCAGUAGAUUUGAACCAAUUCGAGCUUAAUUGAAUACUUUCCAGCACGAAAUUGAGUUCGUUCCUUCGAGUUUUGGUGGAACAUUUUCAGAUUGAUUUAGGAAAUGCUCUAGCACUUUAGGCACUUUUAUCGUGAAAGCGACUAUGAGAAAUCCUUCACCAACUUCUCCAUUCCUUUUCUACUCCCUCUUUAAAAACAAGCCUCUUGGUUUAAAAUCAAAAAUUGCAGGAAAAACUAUCUUACAUUUAUCAUCUUCUGGGCAUAUCAAUCAAAGCACGGAUGCUUCAGUGGAAACCUCGUCUAAAGUGGCCUCGCAAAGUAACUUAGUUUCUUUAGAGUCCAUCAAUGGUAAAUGUGGUACCUCACCUGAUUCUGCUUUAACUGAAAGUCAUGUGAUAAACACUCUUCUAGGCAACAUAAGUGACCUAAAAUCAGCAUUGGAGUACUUCAAAAGGAUUGAGAAGAAGAGUGGUUAUGUCAAGAGCACUAAUGCUAUAUCUGUCCUGCUUCUCAUUUUGAUGAAUUCGGCAGAGACCCAGAAAAUAGCUCAGAAUAUGCUCAAUCGGUUUGCGUCAGGAAAUUCAGUCUCCUCUAGUUGUCUUAUAAACGGUUUAGUAGAAUGCAUGAAGCUGUACAGUUUUCCAUCAGAUAUUCAGGUUUUUAAUUAUUUAUUGAAUAGUUACGUUAGAGCUAACAAAGUUGAAGAAGCUCUUCAUUGUUUUAAUAAAAUGGUAGAAUUUGAUGUAAAGCCAUCAAUUCAGUGUAUGAAUAUUCUUUUGACUGCUAUGGUUAGGAAAAACAUGAUUUGUGAAGCACGGGAGUUGCAUAACAAAAUGUUGCUGGAAGGAGUUGCAGGUGACUGUUUUACUUUACAUGUCAUGAUGCGUGCUUGUUUGAAGGAAAGAAAUAUUGUGGAGGCAGAGCAACAUUUUUUAGAAGCAAAAGCAAGAGGAGUGAAACUUGAUCCACAAGCAUAUAGUACUUUUAUCCAUGUAGUUUGUUUGAAACCGAAUUCUGGAUAUGCUUUGUCUUUGUUAAGAGAGAUGAGAGCUACAGGUUGGGUUCCUUCUGAGGGCACAUUUACUAGUGUUAUUACUGCUUGUGUGAAGGAAGGAAAUGUGGUAGAGGCUUUGCGGCUGAAAGAUGACAUGGUUAAUUGUGGGAACUCUAUGAAUUUGGUUGUUGCAACAAGUUUAAUAAAGGGUUAUUGCAUGCAAGGAGACCUGAGUAGUGCUUUAGAUCUUGUGAAUGAAAUUUAUAACUGUGGUUUGGUUCCCAACAGAGUUACGUACUCAGUUAUGAUUGAUGGUUUCUGUAAGAAUGGGUGCAUGGAAAAGGCAUAUGAAUUUUACUCUGAGAUGAAAAUUAAGGGCAUCAAGCCAAGUGUUUAUUCUUUGAAUUCUAUGAUACAAGGGUAUUUGAAAUGCAAGUCUGCGCAAAAUGCAUUCACGAUGUUUGAUGAAGCAGUUGAGAGUGGUCUUGCAAAUGUUUUCACGUUUAAUACUUUAUUGUCGUGGCUUUGUAAGGAGGGUAAGGUCAAUGAAGCUUGCAAUUUCUGGGAUGAGGUGAUUGUUAGGGGUAUCAGUCCUAAUGCCGUUUCUUACAAUACCAUGAUACUCGGUCAUUGUAGAAAAGGUAAUAUUAUUUUAGCAUGUAAGGUGUACAAGGAGAUGCUAGAUAAUGGUUUUACCCCAAAUGCUGUUACCUUUUCUAUUCUAAUGGACGGUUAUUUCAAGAAAGGUGAUAUUGACAAUGCUUUUAGUAUAUUUCACAAGAUGAGAGAUGCUAAUAUUCUCCCCACAGACAUCACUUUAGGCAUUAUUAUCAAAGGUUUGUGCAAAGCUGGUCGUACUUCGGAGGGAAGGGAUAUGUUCAAUAAGUUUGUUUCUGAAGGUUCUAUUCCUACAUGUGUAGCUUACAAUACUAUUAUUGAUGGUUUCAUCAAGGAAGGUGACAUUAAUUUGGCCUUGAAGGUAUUUAGGGAAAUGCGUGAAGUUGGCAUUUCUCCAAGUAUUGUUACCUACACGUCCUUCAUUGAUGGGUUUUGUAAAAGUAAUAAUAUAGAUCUUGCUUUAAAGUUGUUGAAUGAUAUGAAAAGGAAGGGUCUUGUAAUGGACAUUACGGCAUAUGGCACACUUAUUGACAGUUUUUGCAAAAGAAGGGAUAUGAAAAGUGCAUGUGAACUUUAUAACGAACUUCUUGGAGCUGGUUUAUCUCCAAAUGUUGUUAUCUACAAUAGCAUGAUUACUGGGUUUAAGAAUCUAAACAACAUGGAAGCAGCAAUUGACUUAUAUAAGAACAUGGUGAAUGAGGGGAUUCCAUGUGAUUUGCAAACUUAUACCUCAUUGAUUGACGGACUCCUGAAAGAAGGAAGACUUCUUUAUGCAUCUGAUCUCUACACUGAAAUGCUUUCCAAGGGUAUUUUGCCUGAUAAUCGAGCACAAACAGUUCUCAUCACUGGUCUUUGUAACGAAGGACAAUUAGAAAAUGCACGCAAGAUUUUGGAAGAGAUGAAUGGAAGAAACUUGACUCCUAGUGUUCUCAUUUAUAACACAUUAAUAGCUGGACACUUUAAGGAAGGAAAUUUGCAAGAGGCUUUUAGAUUGCAUGAUGAGAUGCUGGGUAGAGGUCUUGUCCCCGAUAACACUACGUAUGAUAUUCUUGUCAACGGAAAGUUCAAAGGCGAUUGUACUUUUAAUAGAGAUUUGAGUUUCUAAGUAUCUAGACUCGCCCUUCUCUAUUGUUCCCAAAAGAAAGCGUGGUUAUUAGGUAUGUUUUCUUUUUCAUUUUGGAAACGUUAAGAGGUUUCAUGUCUCUGUCCCUCUUCAGUUUCUAAGAGCAAGCAAGAAGGAAUGAACCUAACCAACCUUUCUUUAGAGAGAGAUGGUCACUGAUCGAGCAGGUAGAUAAGGGCACUACAAUUUUGUUAGUUCCCUGAAGGCACGAAUAGUACUUCGAGGUAGUGAAAAGAGUAUAUGGAUGCACAUGAUCUCUCAAGUGCCUUUCUGCAAACUUUUUGUUGGCCCAAGCACACUUCAAAAUCUUCAGUACUUGCUGCUGGGGUUCUCAAAAAGAUCAUAUCUCAAGAAGGCAAAGCAUUCUCCUUGUGUUGUAUAUUUGUAAUUUACAAGCAUGUUUGUUAGAGUUGAGUUAUAAAUGGAGUUAGGCUAGCUUUAGAGCAGUUUUGGCAGAGUACAAGAGGCCUGUGGGCUUGUUUUGUUGUAUAAUCAUCGUUUUCCAUUUAGAUAUUAUGAAGGUUUCUGAAAAUGGGUUGUGUUUAAAUUGAUCCAAUUAGUUCUUGACUAUGAAAUAUACUUAAAUAUGUUAUCUUUCUAUA